GAUAAUUAUCAUCAUGUCCAUAUCAUCAUCAUCAUCAUCAAUAUUACGUCCAAUAAUGACUCGUCAUUCUUCGACAACAACAACAUGUCGACGAUCAUCAUCAUCAUCAUCGUCAAUAAAAAAUCUUCCAACCAUAUUGGAUAUGGUUAAAGAACGAUCAUUACAUUUUAGUGAAUUUCUCACGAAUCGACUUUAUUUCGUUACCGUUUCGGAAAUGAAUUUAAAUUUUUUUCUAAAAAAAUCCGAUUCCAAUGUUAGUUUUCUUCAUUUUGAUAAAGAACUUUUGUAUACACCAUUUAAUCAUGAUUUUGGUCCAUUAAAUUUGGCAAUGUUGUAUAGAUAUUGUAAGAAAAUAAAUUCACAUUUACAGCGAAACAAAACGAUUAUUCAUUUGACAACCACCAAUCGUUUUAAACGAGUCAAUUCUGCUUAUCUGAUUGGAUCUUAUUGUAUAAUUUAUCAUCACCUACUACCGGAUGAUAUAAUGGCACGUCUUAAACAAUUAAGCAUUAGUUAUUUAGCAUAUAAAACAUUUACAUCAUUUGUUGAUGCUGGUUUUGAUACAAGUGAAUAUUAUCUACAUUUGGAUGAUUGUUUUAUGGCCAUUUAUAAGGCAUCAAUCACCGAAAUACUAAAUAUGGAUAGAUUUAAUCUAAAUGAAUAUUUAUUUUAUGAAAAAGUUGAAAAUGGUGAUCUAAAUUGGAUUGUACCCGGGAAAUUUUUAGCAUUCUGUGAUCCACAAACAUAUUCUGAUCAUACAACAAAUCAUUAUAUAAAAUUAUAUCUGAAUUAUUUUCGUAAAAAUAAUAUUCAAACCAUUAUACGUUUGAAUAAAAGUCAUUAUGAUUCGAAAAUGUUUACCGAUAAAGGUUUUCAACAUUAUAAUCUUAUAUUUAUUGAUGGUGGUGUACCGGAUGAUUAUAUUGUUGAUCAAUUUUUACAUAUUGUUGAAACAACUACCGGUGCUAUUGCUGUACAUUGUAAAGCUGGUUUAGGUCGUACCGGAACAAUGAUUGCCUGUUAUCUAAUGAAACAUUGGCAUUUUACAGCAAUGGAAGCAAUUGCUUGGAUUCGUAUUUGUCGUCCUGGUUCAAUUGUUGGUUAUCAACAAAAAUGGCUUAAACUUAAACAGAACUAUCUAUGGAAUCAUAAUACCGAGCAAAGAUUAAUUGAACAUCAACAACAACAACAACAACAAAAACAUCUGCAAAUGGAUUUAGAUUUUGAACAACAACAAAAACAACAAACAAUAAGAACAGUAAGAUUACAAAGAAAUGGUCAACAAUCAACAAUGAUAAAAACA